AUAAAUAAGUAAUCAAACUCCAAGAACCCUUCAACCAAAACCUAAUUUCCCCAAAUUUUCUUCAACAGACAAACCCUAACCCUAAUUUCCCAGCCCCCACCACAUUUCCCCCAAUUUAUAAAUAUACCGAUAAUUUCAUUCCAUUUUGCUCACACCCAUCAAAUUCCCAGCUCUUUUUUGCUUCUGGGUUGUGAUAAAAUCACGCAAAUUUCACUUUUCAGCAGUCGAAAUAGAUCAACCCAAGAAUCAAGAUUUGAAAUUCGUCGUUGUGAAUGGUGGAAAUCUUAAGUGAGAUCAGUAAUUACAUGCUCUGCCUUUGUCAAUCAAGGGCGGGCUUUGGCUUCGGCUUCGGUUCUUGCAAGGAAGGCUGGUACUACCGCUGCAUCGGCGUCGACCCCUGAAUUUUUCCAAUUUUCCCAAAUUUUUCUAUUUUUUUUUAAAUUUUUCAAGAGCGUUAAAUUCUCUGUUUUUGACAGUUAUUUGAUUGGAUUUUUGCAAUCUGAGAUCUUGUAAUUGUAUUAUAACAAAAGGUUAUUGUUUAAUUUGCUAAAAAAUGUUGCUGUAUAAGCCUAAGAAGAAUCAGUCGGUUGCUAAGGGCAACCGGCUGUUGAUUAGCGUGACGGUGAUGGGCAGUGCCGGUCCGAUCCGAUUCGUAGUGAAUGAAGAAGAAUUAGUUGCUGCUGUUAUUGAUACUGCUUUGAAAUCUUAUGCUCGUGAGGGUCGGCUCCCUGUUCUUGGCUCUGAUCUUAACGAAUUUUUCCUUUAUUGCCCCACUGCUGGCUCUGGUGCUCUGAGUCCAUGGGAGACAAUUGGAUCGAUCGGUUGUCGGAAUUUUAUGCUGUGCAAGAAACCGAGAGCUGAGAAGGUCGAAGACGAAGCGAGAUCGAAUGCGGGUCUUAAUCAGAAGGGAAGUGGGAGCUGGAAAUCUUGGAUCAAUAAGUCACUCAAUUUGAAGAUAUCUUCUCACUAAAUGAAUUGAAGAUAAUAAGAUUUUUUUCUUUGUUAUUUUGAGUUUCCUGUUUCAUUGAAUUUUCACCAGAUUGAAAUUUUGUCAAUCUUGGUUUUAUGUUUUGAUUCUGGUUUUAUCCAGAAACCUGAGGAAUUUCUGCUCAAUUAAUAAAUUAAAGUUUCUACUUUGAAGUAA